AUGGCGGAGCUGAGCGCGGAGCGGCUGCGGGCGCUGCCCGGCUCCUGGAGUUACGGCAUCAGCCAGGGCGGCCGCGUCUUCUUCAUCAACGAGGAGGCGAAGAGCACGACCUGGCUGCACCCGCUCACCGGCGAGGCCGUGAUCACCGGGCACCGCCGAAGCGCAGACUUACCCACAGGUUGGGAGGAAGCGUAUACGUUUGAAGGUGCAAGAUAUUAUGUAAAGUAAGUCCAAUGUUUGUCACAAUACUAUAAUUUUCAAUUAGUUUGUCUAAAUGUUGCUGUAAUUUUGAAUGCGUUCCAAACUGAAUUUAAAUGUUGUACUAUAAAUCCAAAAGGAGCAUUUAAAUUU